GCGGGUUAGAUGUUUUCGGCAGUUAUUUUUUAUUGAAUUGUUUUGAAUUACGCCGUCAAUGAUCUCGUUUCCACCUCUGUUGUUUAAGACUAAGCGUAUUUAUAUAUUCGUGACUGUUUCCUAAACUGUUCAAAUGCUGAAACAAUUGCAAAUGGGCCUUCGCACAUUCAUGCUUCUCGCAUCUAAAGUAUGGAGUUGUUUUUGUUAUAUGUUUAAGAAGCAAUAUCGAGCGUUGGCGCAAUAUCAAUCUGUCAAGUAUGAAAUCUAUCCACUUUCCCCGGUAUCUAGACACAGGCUGAGUCUGGUGAAAAGAAAAAUGCUGGUGUUAGAUUUAGAUGAAACACUUAUUCAUUCGCAUCAUGAUGCAAUGCUGCGACCAACAGUUAAACCGGGAACACCACCGGACUUUGUUUUAAAAGUGACGAUUGACAAACACCCAGUCAGAUUUUUUGUACAUAAAAGACCUCAUGUGGAUUACUUCUUGGAUAUAGUGUCACAGUGGUAUGAGCUGGUGGUGUUCACAGCUUCCAUGGAGAUAUACGGCGCGGCGGUCGCCGACAAACUAGACAACGAUCGGGGCAUACUACGGAGACGUUUCUAUAGACAACAUUGCACUGCGGAGCAUGGCUCGUACACCAAAAACCUGUCGUCUAUAUGUGACGACCUCAACAGGGUGUUCAUCCUGGACAACUCGCCUGGCGCCUACCGGGACUUUCCAGACAACGCGAUACCCAUAAAGUCGUGGUUCUCCGACCCGCUGGACGUGGCGUUGCUCAACCUGUUGCCGGUGCUGGACGCGCUGCGUUUUACGCAUGACGUGCGUUCCGUGCUGUCGCGCAACCUGCACCUGCACCGGCUGUGGUAGCCCCGCGACCAG